UUUGUCCUCUGUCGCCCCCUGUCGGUCAGUCCCGGUCACUGCAGCGGCGCUACAUCAGACCAGACCCGAGCCGAACCGAUCCGACACCAUUCUCAAAUCAUGUCCGACGAUGAGAAGCUGCCGUCCGGGUGGGAGAAGCGCAUGAGCCGGAGUUCAGGUCGGGUGUAUUACUUCAACCACAUCACGAACGCGAGUCAGUGGGAGCGCCCGAGCGGGUCGGGGGCGGACGGCGCCGGCGAGCUGGAGAAGGUCCGGUGCUCGCACCUGCUGGUCAAACACAACCAGUCGCGCCGGCCCUCCUCCUGGAGAGAGGAGAACAUCACGCGCGGCAAAGACGAGGCGCUGCAGCUCAUCCACAAGUACAUUGAACAGAUCAAAUCUGGAGAGGAGGAGUUUGAGAGUCUGGCGUCUCAGUUCAGCGACUGCAGCUCAGCGAGGAACGGAGGAGACCUUGGCGUAUUCGGCAGGGGUCAAAUGCAGAAGCCCUUUGAAGACGUGUCGUUCGCGCUGAAGGUCGGAGACAUGAGCGGCCCCGUGUUCACCGACUCCGGAGUUCACAUCAUCCUGAGAACCGGAUAACCGCCAUGCCUUCGCUCAUUCACCCGCAGAUAACACAUACACACAUCUAUCCCAGGAUUCCUUAUCUUAAUCUGUUUUCCUGAAAAACCUUGCUUGGCUUUGUCAAAGCUGCACGUUAAAUCCAUCCGGUGUUUCCGUGAUCUUACAUGUUACAGAUGCGUCUCGAAUCCCGGCGUUCCCGCAUCCGGCUAACCGCUCGCAUGAUCUGCUGUCCUGAAGCUCGGGCCAGCUCUCGCCUCGGACAGCAGAUGAUCGGAUGUCCAAACUAUGACCAAUAAAAUUGACCAUGUCACUAAAGAAAA